AUGUCCAAAAUCGCAUCUACGUUUUCGCGCUUGGUGCGCUUUGUCCCUAAGUCAAACCCCACCAAGGUUCUAAUCGGAGAGCCCGUCGAUCCUAAGUUGGAUGUUGGAUUGGCUCUCUACCAGGGAAAGGAGGUUUCGGUGCGCCCGUUCUCCGGUACUUCAGUCCUGAGCCCUGGCCAGGUGACUGAUGCGACGGAGACCAUCGCGCGGAUUCUGUCCCCCUUGGCGCAAAGCGAGGUUGGAACUAUUCGCUGUAUCGGCUUGAACUAUGCUUCCCACGCCAGGGAGAUGGGUCUCCCAAUCCCCGAAGUCCCGACAUUGUUCAUGAAGCCGGCCAGCUCUCUGGCUGACCCUUGGCCUGCACCAACAGUUCUGCCCAAGAUUACACAGCAAGAUAACACAGGCGACUACGAGUCUGAGAUGGUUAUUGUCAUUGGCCGUGACGCUAAGGAUGUGCCCGAGUCUGAGGCCCUCGACUACGUUCUUGGCUACACAGCUGCGAACGAUGUUUCUAGUCGCACCUCUCAGAUGAGUCAGAGCCAGUGGUCUUUUUCAAAGGGCUUUGAUGGCGCAUGCCCGAUUGGCCCCGUCCUCGUUUCCGCUGCUCUCGUCCCUGAUGCCAGCAAGCUUCAGAUUCGCGGUCUCAAGAACGGCAACAUAAUGCAGAACUGCCCCUUGACUGACCUCAUCUUCAGCGUCCCUCAACUAAUCAGCUUCCUCUCCCAAGGCACCACCCUGCCUGCCGGCACAAUCAUAUUGACCGGCACUCCGCCCGGUGUCGGAGCAGCUAGGAAUCCGAAGGAAUUUUUCAAGGCUGGCGACGAGUUUGCCGUUGAGUUGCUGCCUCACAUUGGGACACUUAUCAAUAAGAUUGAGCAUCAAUGA